AUGUCAUUCACUUUACCACCCCCACGUCCCUUCAAUCUGCACGAAGCCAGAGUAGCCAAGCAACGACAGCUAUACCUACCAUCAUACUCUGUGGGUCUACAGGACGAUGAAUGGCACAUGAAACUCAUGAGCAAGUGCAUGGAAGACCGCAGCGAAAUUGGCGCGCAAGAGGGCGAUAUCACGGCCUGUGUCGAGGCCUCGACUUUGCGGUCCGACUUUGGGCGCGCGAUUAUAUACAAUGCGAAGCGCACACAGGCGGUGAGGACCAAAUGGGCCGUAGAGCCUGCUGCCAAGGAUACCGUGGAAAAUAGGCGGCACAUUCAGCGAGCGUUCCAAAAGUUUGUUGCGCGGUUAGAAAGUUUGGGCCAUUUCAAGAUCUUUAUGCUUGUGGACGAUCAGAACAGACAGCAGAAGUGGGUUAAGCUACUAAGUCCGUACAAGGGCGAGGAUAUGGGAGGGGAGGGCGACAGGGCUAGGGAAUUCGGCGCCUCUGGGGGUCUUGGCUCAAGCGAGCUGCGUGACGACAUGUCCAGUCUACGCCUCAUCUACCAAUGGAUUGACGAAGCCGGCCCCGCAGGCCUCCCGCAAUCGCAGAUCUCGAUGCGAACCGGGAUGUCCUUCAAAUGGGUAGAGCGCUUGAAGUCGGUGCUGAUACAGAACUAUGGGGUGGGUGCAAAGUUUGCCCAGAAUCUGCAGAAUGUGCUGAUUUCUCCGAGAUUCGCCAACGAGGGCCAGAACCUCAAGAACAUCGAGCGGCGCAUGGUGCAGCGGUUGACCUACUCCGAGAACACCGCCUGGCUGGCUGUGGGGUCUACACUAACCACCAGCCCCAACCAAUGCAAAGCGUGCAACGCAGACAUCGUGGAGAUAGACGACAAGUUCACCUGUGCCCAAUGCAAGGACUUUUGUGUGUGUACGCGCUGCUUCAUCAAGAAUGACGACGUGCACACCGGAACUCUGGCCGUGGCCGGUGAACACCAUGCACGCGACCACAUCAUGCUGAACACGCUGCCGAUGGCCCGGAAGUUUGUUAAGAUGCGCCUGGAUAUCAACAUAGGCGGGCUACAGGGCGACUGUCUGGACUUCAUCACCGAGAGACUGAAGACGGAAGAAGCCGUCAACGCCGCUGUGAUCCUCGAGCGCUUCCCCGAGCUCGAGCGAUACCACUAUCUACGUCUAGUUAGUAUGUCACACGCCCAGCAUUGUGCACAGCUCACCUGCGUGGCCAUCAAGCACAUCACUGCAAAGACUGCGUGUAUACGCAAGUGUGUAAUACUGCGGAGGAUAGGCACGCCUGUAGACACACCCAAGGUGCGUGCACUCAUUGCGGAAUUUGUAGGGCGCAUUCAAGCGGGCGAGAAGAUCAUGGCGGCUUUGUCGGCCAACCAGAUUGCGCGCAAGCAAGACUACCCCUUGGUUAGAAUCGGGGACCUCCACAUGGGUGUGAACGGGGCUGAGUUAGUGGAUAGGCGGUCUAAGAGCUGGAUGCACAGUUACGUAGGCUCGCAUAUGGGCCGUGCGUUGCUGCUGCAUGCGUACAUGUGGAAGUUUGUAUACGGCCAGGAGGUGGCGGAUCAUAUGCGCCGAGAGAUUGAGCGACGGAACGAGAGGCUGGCCACGGAACAGCUCAAGCGCAAGGAAGAGGAGCGCAAGCAGAAACAAAUAGAGCUGGAGCUGGCAGCUCAGAGCAACAACGACCACGCCUCCAUCACAGCCCAGGCACGCAACUCGCAGUACAAAUUCUUCAAAACACGCAAUCGUAAGCGCACGAAAGUUACAGUGGAAGGCAAAGUGCCCACAUUUGAGCCGUACAACGACCCAUACAGCGGAUGGCCCGAGGAGUACAUGUGGCUAAGAGCAGCACAUGAUGUGAAAGUUGAUGUGCCAGCAGCACCCCACUCAGACACAGCGAUUGGGUCGAGCAACUACAAGUGUGAUCUACACCUACGGCAAUUGGUGGAUAACAUGCCCAUCCAUCUGUUCUGUGAGGUCGUGGGCGUGUGGAGAGAAGUCCCUGAUCUCAAGGAGAUGCUGGACGAUAAGUACCAACGCCUGACACCCAUCAAGCGCUGCCCCCCGGCUAUGCGUGAGCUAAUUGCACCCAACCUCAGCACCAAUCGCGAGGUAAUGAAACGUCUCUUAGAUGUGCUGGACACCCUGAAGACUAUGCGACUGCUGCAGACUACCGAAGCACCAACGCAACCAUUAGAGUCCAGACCGGUAUUUUCUGGCUUCCAAACUGGUACUAAAAUGCUACGGCCUGCUCAACUUCCUCCCGUCGUGUCCGUUUCACCUGAUUACUCACGCGUCUUUCACGUGCCCACAUCGCGUACGUAUUCCUACCUACCAUUCAGAAUAAAUCCCUGGAAGGGCAAGACCUCAGUGAACGCCGGGAAGCUCAACACCUUGCGCUCGGAGGUGCUGCGGUUCAAGAAACGCCGGACGGGAUGGGCUGGCCCACAGUACCAUCUGGGGUAUGCUUGGUGCACCCUUAUCAGUGAGUGGGUGGUCAACCAACAUCUGCUGCGUGUGCUGUUCUCGUACAUUGAGCGUGGAGUGCUGCCCAAGGAUUCGGCGUUGACGGCCCUACCGGAGACGAUGCGCUCGGCGGCUGUGGAGAAGACGUACAAGAAACGCAAGCAGCACAAGGCCAAGGAACGCAGUACGGUGCCGCCGUGGCUGCGGUCUAGGUUCAGCAACCGCAGGAAGAACAACAACAGCCCCCACGCGCUUCAUACGCGACUGCCAGACGAGUUCAUAGACCCCACAGUGGUGGAUGCUCGGCUGAUGUCAUCCAAGCACUGGGUGAUGGACAACUUUGGGUUGCGCACACAGUUCAAAAUCGACGACCGGGUGUUCACCUGGGCCGAGAACGAGUUCAUUGUGAUAUGCAACACAGUGCGUCGGUACGGAGGCUUGCGGAUGGGGAGCGCUGCCUACUAUAAGACGCUGAAAUCAGCGUUUCUCUUGGCCGGCUUCUACUUUCCGUAUGAAAACGACGCUGGACGGUUGCAGAAACAGGCCGUGUUCCUGGAUAACAUAGAGGAGGUAAGGCACUUGCAGAAACUGGUGCUGAUGUGCAUGAAGAUGGAAGCCAAACGGCACCCCGAGUGGCAUACGGACUGCCAGCGAGCUAUAUAUCAUAAGGACGGGUCUAUUAUGUGCCGGAUGGUCAAAUCCAUUCGCGAUGUUGCGUACAGCACCUUUAAGGGCGUUGCCCCACUACCGACGGACCGUUACUCCACCCAGUUACUCCUAACCGAUACAUCCCAUACAGCAGUGGUAGUAGCGCCUGCUGAACUCUCAGGCUCUAAACAAGAGGACAGCCCCAGCCCCAGCACUGCGAUGGACGUGCAUGCAGACACCGACACCGACCUACAACUGAUUACCUUACCCACAGACAACGCACCCACCGAUACACAGUCUGGCACAAGGCCAACUGCACACACUGUGCCGCGGGGCAGGUGGGCGGCUGAGUGUGUGACGCCGAGUAUUGUGCUGCACUUUGGCCGCAACAGCAAUGAGUGGAUGUGCAAACUCGAGGCGGUCUAUCGAGAAGUGUUUCACACGCGCACACGCUACAUGGGUGUAUUGGUUCCUCCUGACGACAGUGCGCCACAGAUACGCAUACACUCCGACGUGGCGACUAUGGGCCUCUUAUUGACGUCACAGCUGUAUCAGUGGACUAAACUGGCUCAGGAGGGCAAGACUGCUGACGAUGCGCCGCUGUGUAACUUGCCGGCCUAUUGGAUGCAGCACUGCAUGGACAUGUUCUCGGUGGUGCGAGACCAGUUCAAAGUCAUGCACACAGGCAUGCGCCAGCAUUCGGUCAUCUCCGACCACAACAGCCUGGUGAUCACACUGCGCCGCAUGAUCACACCCGAAUUUCGGCCCAACUUUUUUCAUCUCAUACGACUCACAGCCCAGUCCUUCGAUGAUGUUGGUAGCCUGUCACUCAACACAUCCAACACACGCAUGGGCGGCAAACACAGCGGCUUCACUGCGGCGGUGUUCUCCUUUGCCGAGGAUGUCAUGGCCGGCCGGGCGACGAUAAAUAUCACGGAGUGUACAAAAAUGGUGAACGAUGGAGAUACCCACUGUGCUGGUGAUUUCGAUGGUACUGUGGAGGGCCAUCGCAGGACGAUGAGUGAGAUCAUGCCAAUCCGUUGCAGCAUGCAAUACGUUGAGCCAGACCUCACCGAGACACCCACGCAGGUGGCCCAGAGAGCGUUAGAGAUCAUGCCGUAUCUAACCCAGACCUGGACGAGUGCGAACGGGAUUGGCAACGGAGCGCGCAUGUGCGGGCAUGCAGACGGCGAGUGCGACGAGUCCUGUGCUGAGCACGCGAUGCUUGCCGAGUGUGCCAAAGCCCCUAUGGGAGUGUCUCACGUGUGUGUGCGCACAUGGAUCGAGGAAGUGGGUCUGGCGAGCAGCACAGACGGGGUGUGGGAUAAGGAUAUGGGAGAUAGUGUGGAUCUGUACCUGCGUAAUCUGGUAAUGCGUGGUGCGUUGUUGAGGGUGGGUAUAACCGAGCCCAUGUAUGUACACCCACACCACGCUGGGAUUUGGGCCGCCUCCCCGGUGAUAUAUGUUGAACCAUCGGAAUCGGCCGAUCAGGAUGAGGAGGGUGACAGGGGUGUGGAAACACUUGAACGUGCGAAGAAUGAUGAUAUCGAUAAAGUUACAGAGGGUACAGAUGCGAAUACAGACGUACGGAGCGAUACGGAACAACUGGAUGAGAGUAGCGUGCAGAAGUGUGUGGUACCGGCAAUCGAUGAUGUGGUCGAGUUUGACAGGAAUGGCAGCAAGACCAGGAGGAGUAGGAGGCAACGGACACGGCACUCAUCCAACGGCAAGAAAGGCGCAAAGUCACAUCAGACCCGGAAAUCAGAGCAAGAGAACGAGCACCAACCCCAGCAGCAACCACCGCCAGAGAUGAGCCGUUCGCAAGCAACGGUGCAGCAGGACACGUCUGUAGAUACACAGAAUGGGGCGCGGGAUGUGGAAGCGCAGUCUGUCACUGUGGCGGACUCCACAAAACUUAAAAAGAAACCCAAGCCAGACGCGUUCAAGAUUGACGACACACUCGUGCGCGUCAUUGACCCAUGGGUCAGCCCGAAUCCAGAACAGUGCAUAAACACAGAGAGGCUGGGCAAGUUCUUGACAGUGAUCACUGAGCGUGUGUUGCAGGCUCCCUGGUUAUGUGAGGCAGAUUUGUACAGUGACUAUUCCUUCGUCAUGCUCCCAAGAGCGUUUUCAGACCUCCUUCGCUUACUGGUAGCGGGCCGAGUGCUUGUUCGUAAAUACCUCCCCCGCGUCAGAAAACCGGACUUGUUCUCGUCACCCCUGGAUACGCUGCUGUCACACCCUGGGAGUGAGGAGAUGCAAGGUGAUGCUAACCAGCCUGACAAGGCCAUAUAUCACGCCACACCGGACUGCUACGUGCGGUUGGCAUACUUGUUAGAGGCCGGGGGUUGCGGUGAGGAGUAAUCCUGGACCAUGUCUGCUAUGAGAUGAUAGUACAUACUGGUUCUUUUGUAUUGUCGCCAUCUAUGCGAAAGCGGGACCCGUGUAGAUCACAAGUUGUACUGUGUGAAUACAGCGCUGGCCAGUUGUUGUGGGGUCGACAGAGACUGGCAUUACGAAUGGAUAUUACCACGCCAGCUGGGAUAAAAUUGUCUUUUUCCGCACUGCAACUUUUUUAAAUUGAAUAAAAUCAGCGGAA